AAUCUUCUUCUGCGAGUGCAUCUUGAAUUCAAAGCCGGUCUCCGUCAGCGGCUCUCCGAUCUCUCCGUCUUCCCGGACGGCGGACCUCAGCAGGGUCUGGUUGAUUCUGAACUGGCCUUCUACUUGAACAACCUACGAGGACUCACAACGAGUCUCGGUCAUUUUACCGACGACUGUGAUGACAUAUGGCCAUCUCGAUGA